CCAAUACACAUUGCAUAAAGGGCGAGAAAGAGUUUCAUCUCGGCUAUCGAUCUUAGCAGCAAACCUUUUGAGUUCGACAAUGGAGGAAGUAGCAACAACCAUGGAUUUCUCCCCUCUCACUGACGCCAUUGCUUCCGAAUCUUACGAUAAAAUCGCUGACAUCUGUGACAAUUUGAUGCUUCAGGUUUCUGCCGAGGGCAUUGUUUUCCAGAACGAUUGGCCAUACGCAAUUCAUCUGCUAGGGCACAUAUAUGCCGGCGACAUUAACAGCGCGAGGUUUCUAUGGAAAUCUAUCCCAAUAGCGAUUAAAGAGAGUCAGCCUGAAAUAAUUGCAGUUUGGGGGAUUGGUCAGAAGCUUUGGACUAGGGAUUAUGCUGGGGUUUAUGAAGCUGUUCGUUCUUUCAAUUGGAGCCCUCAAAUACAUCCCUUUAUUGCUGCCUUUUCUGACAAUAAUACCAAGAAGAUGUUUCAACUACUGGUUGCUGCUUACUCAACGAUCAGCGUUCAAGAUACAGCAUUGUUUUUGGGGAUGAGUGAAGAUGAAGCGACAACAUAUGUUUUGCAGGAGGGUUGGAUCUUGGACUCUGCUGCCAGAAUGCUGACUGUGAAGAAGCAAACUAUCGUGACAGAGCAGAAAUUAGAUCCCAGUAAACUGCAGCGCCUGACAGAAUAUGUUUUCCACCUUGAACAUUAGCUGAAAAAACUGGACAAAAAACACGUAAAAGUUAGUUACGAUCAACAUAACAUGGAUUAUUUGUAUGGAACUUGCUUGACUGAGUUGUUGAAUGGUAAUCCUUGUUGCUCAA